AUGGUAAGUGUGUGUGCAGCUGCCCGCCGAGGGCCCUCCUUUGUGUCCCCCUCCCCACCAUUGUCAACUCACGCCUUCUCGUCCAUUCAUGGCUCAAGUCAGCGAAUGGGCUGGUGUUGUGUGUGUGUGUGUGUGUUUUUGUUGUCUGUGAUGUUUUGGGUAAGGGGGGGAUAUCCUAGCUCAUGUUAUUGUCCCUUUCUAUUGGUGGAGUGGUGGGUGAUGUACAGAAUAAGCUUUGGUGAAGACAGGUUGUGGACAGACUUCUUUAUUGGCAUUGGUCAGGAGGCAGAACCAGUGUGAGGAGGAGGAUCGUAGAUGCUUUCCACUCCAUCUGUUGUCAGUCAGACUGCUCAACCUGCAGCCUCAGGAAACUGCACUCUGCUGCUCAACCAAAAAGAAGAGUUUGAAAGCUGAUCUCUUAGGAUUGCUGCUAACCUCAACCAGGAAACUAAUUUUGCUCAGCCCCACUUGGAUUGACAGCUUUACAUUCUCCAACUCUUUAAAUACUGGAUACUGGAGAUUGGAUUCUGAGAUUUGACUUGAUUUUCGAGGGAUUUUGUCAUACAUCUGGGCUUACUUUACCAGCACCAUUAUUGGGAACUUCCCCCUAAAGUUUUUCUGUCUUAUGCUUUGUUGUUGAAAUGACCAAAGGCAGCAUUCCAGCAGAGAAAUUGUAGUAGAAUUCUUGCCUUCUCUCUGUUUUGCUGCCUUGCUGUUUCGCGUGGAGCUGCGUGCUUCACUCCAAAGACCAGUCACUAAGCUGUAAACUACCAGCAGUAACAGUGGGGUCUGUUGGGUGCUCGGGAGCUCAAGGAGGGUGUGGAGCUGGAUGUAUGAGACAGCUUCAUGGGCGUGAAAAACCAUCUGGAGGAUGGGACAGGCCACAUCCUCAGCCUGGGGCUGGAUCUAGACUACCUCCAUGUGGAAGGUUCAAAGCCGCACAUCAGCCUGAGCACUGUGAGGGAUCCUGGGAAUAUAGGGGUCUUAAAGGUCAAAGCUGAUGCCCCGAGUAACAGCAAUAACAGUAUUUGUAGUAGUAGCACAAGUUUUAGUACUAAUUCAAUCUGUAGCAGCAGUAGUAGUUGCAGUAACUUCUCAGACAGUGACGACGAACGGCUCCAGAAUGGGUGCGGUUCUGAAUCUCAAUACCCUCAGCAAAAGGAGUCAUCUUCAGUCUUUCCGACAGUCAGGCUGGACCUGGCACCAAACCAAUACCCUGGAGACCCCCCACAGCCAGAAACAUCAUCCCCCACUGAGCCUGUCACAGACUACCGUGCCAAGGUGGAGUUUGCUCUCAAACUCGGCUAUUCUGAGGAGCUGGUGCUACUGGUGCUGAGGAAACUGGGCCCAGACGCACUCAUCAACGACAUGCUGGGCGAGCUGGUCAAACUGGGAACCAAGACAGAGAUGGAGCAACAAAGAGGUUUGACUGUCUCCCAAUCUCCCUCCUUCUCUUUGUCAUCUGCUUUGAUGUGCUCCUCCUCUUCUUCUUUAUCCAAUUCCUCCCUGGACUCCUGUCGGCUGCUGUGUCCGUCCCAGCUGCUGGAGGACAAAGAAAACCUUCGGCCCGUUGUGGUGGAUGGGAGCAAUGUAGCCAUGAGUCAUGGAAAUAAGGAAGUGUUCUCCUGUCAAGGCAUCCAGCUGGCCGUUGAUUGGUUCUUGGAGCGAGGCCACCGUGACAUUACUGUUUUUGUCCCUGCCUGGAGAAAAGAGCAAUCACGACCUGAUGCUCUUAUCACAGACCAAGAUAUCCUACGGCGAUUAGAAAAAGCGAAGAUCCUGGUCUUCACCCCAUCUCGCCGUGUGCAGGGACGCCGUGUGGUUUGCUACGAUGACCGAUUCAUUGUCAAACUGGCCUACGAGUCAGACGGCAUCAUUGUUUCCAAUGACAACUACCGUGACCUAGCCAAUGAGAAGCCAGAGUGGAAGAAAUUCAUUGAUGAGCGUCUACUGAUGUACUCCUUUGUAAAUGACAAGUUCAUGCCACCAGAUGAUCCACUGGGACGCCACGGACCCAGUCUGGAGAACUUCCUGAGGAAGAAGCCUAUUGUUCCUGAACACAGGAAGCAGCCAUGUCCUUAUGGGAAGAAGUGCACAUAUGGUCACAAGUGCAAGUUUUACCACCCUGAAAGGGGUAGCCAGCCCCAGCGGGCCGUGGCUGAUGAGCUCCGUGCCAGUGCCAAAAUGUCAUCAGUAGCUUCUAGAGGCCUUUUGGAAGAUGCCCUUAUGGUGAAGAGCCAAAAUUCUAGUCAACCACAAGGAAUGGCUGAGGCCGAGCCAAGUCGGAGCACUCCAAAGAAACAGCCAUGCCCCAAUCUUCGGAGCUCCUUCAAUGACCUCUUGGAGGACAAGCUUCGGAUCAACUCCAAAGUGGAAGGACGUAGAGGAAGCAGCAGCAGCAGCAGCAGCAGCUGUAGCAGUAGCUUUCUAGGAUAUGCUGCUCUAGGGGUUGGGCCUUCAUCAGGAAGCUUGGACCGAUGGGAGCACCCUGGGGGAAAUGGUGGAGGCAGCUUUAGGGUUUCUGGAGCAUCUGGACCAAGCCAGACUGAAACUUACCACAGAUGUGACUCUCCAGAGCUGGGCUACAGCUCCAUGGUAAAGGCCUACUCUAGCCUCAGUUGGGUCGUACCACAGAAUCCUGAGUGUUCCUUCCCGGCUGAUCUGCGAGCUGGAUCGCUGCUAUCAGACUGUAGCAGUGAAGGCAGUGCUAGCUCAGACUCUUUCUCCCCUGACCCUUUGUUAGACGAGGGUUCCAAGUGCCACCACCACCAUCCUCACCACCAUCAUCACUGCUCUGGUCAGUACGCCCAGUCUGUAAGCCGUGUUCCUCCUGGACUGAGCCAGAAUGCUACUCAUAACUAUCCUGUUCCUCAAGCACUGCAGAGACAACAUGCUUUUGGCUUGGAAGACGGGGGGUCUUCCAAGCCAAAACCAUCUUCUGUUACCUCUCAUACAUCUCCACGUCCCUGUAAGUCUCCUUCACCCUAUAUCCCACCCCACCUUCGGCAUCCAUUGCUGAGCAGUUUCCCAGGGGAAUUCCCAGCUCGUUCAGCCCAAACAUCCACUGCUCACUCCCAGUCUCAGAGCAAUUUAAUGGGAUCCCUUUGGCAGGAAGGUGGGCGCCAGGACCCCCAAGUGUACAAAGUGUCAUCACUACAUUCCCAAAGAAACCACUCUGGACUAGACCAACAACCACAUCAUCAGAUAAACUGGGACCCUUAUUACCAGCAGCCCCCUAAGCCUUGCUAUGAUCCCUAUGGCUUCCAAAGCCUUCCGGAAGUUCACGAGAAGGUUUGGCACUCUCCUUGGGGUAGGCAAGCCCAUUCAUCACCCCGUGCCCUUUCAGCAUCCAGUCUUCCACCUCUCCCCCAGCUGUCCCUUCCAUCCAUCCCUGCCCACAAAGGCCACCUGUCCUCAGUGCCCCAGCAACAGGAUCCCCCUGUCUCUGGUCAAUACCAGAACCUUAGAGAGAGCGUGUUUGUUAACUUGUGCCGCAUCUUCCCUCCAGACUUGGUGAGGAUGGUGAUGACCAGGAACCCUUAUGUGGCGGAUGCUCAGGAGCUUGCAGCUGCGAUUCUGAUGGAGAAAUUGCAGCACGGUUUUUGAAUUAAGCCAGAAGGUGAAGUUACAGCCUAAUCUCAAAUGGGCUGACUUCUGCAGGUUUAUUUCUGAUUAUCAUCUUAAUUAUUAAAGUCAGGUUGGACAUACACAAAUCAAAAGCUCAAGAUACAAAGCUCAUUUAGCUGUUAAUGGGCUGCUUAAUUUCAUAACAGAGAAGUUGUCUAAUUAUUUUAAAUGGUAUUUCUGUACAGGGAAAUUUCCAUAUUUUUCAAUGAACAUGCCUGCUAUUUCAGCACUUAAGAUCAGGGAAAGUUGAGGUUCAAUGUGCAUUUUGUGUGCUAUUUUGGGUUAUGAGUAAACACCUGUAGGUAGUGUACUAAGGGAGGCUUUUAACGUGUUUUAAGGGUGACAGUGUUGUUUCUUUUAAAUUAAUUUAUUUGUUAUAUUUUAAGUUAUUUUAAUGAUUUAUUUUAAAUGAUUCUGUUUUUGGCACUUUUACGUUAUUGCUGUGUUUCCUUGGCAAUCAUAUCAGGGUACAAGUAUAUCUAAAAUUCCUAUUUACCAUCUUAGCGAAAUACUGCUGUUUUCCAGUCACGAAG